AAGACAUGCAUCAGAGCGUCUGUUUCGUGCCAGUUCAUGGCUCGGAUGGCUCUGCCACCUCCAGACCCACAGUUUGUGCUCAGAGGCACUACUGCUGCAGUCCACACACUGCACUUUUCUUGUGGAGGCCAAGAACCUGACGUCCCCGUUCUUUUCUCUGGGUCUGAGAGUGGGCUUAUCCAUGUCUGGAACCUGAAAACAUGCAGAGUGGACACAGUACUGGAUGGCCACGGAAGAAACUCUGUCUACUGUGUGGAGACAAUGGGUAGUAAAGACAGACUACUCAGUCAGGGUCGUGACCAGAGGAUCUGCUUGUGGGAUUUAGCAGAGGGACGGACGUCGGUGAUUGAUUCUGUCUUCACAGAGAACGUGGGAUUCUGCAGGUGCUCUCUGUUAAAGGUGGCACAGGGACACUGGCUAAUGGCCAUGGCCUCCAAAGCCCUGGAAGAGGUUCGAGUUUUGGAGCUGCCAUCCAAGACGUCAGUCUGUACCUUGAAGCCAGAGGUGGGUGCCAAGCUAGGCAUGCCCAUGUGUCUGAAGUUAUGGCAGCUCAGCUGUGGUUCACAACCUUUGCUUCUGGCUGGCUAUGAAGAUGGAUCAGUGGUCCUUUGGAAUCUGUCAAUGGGAAAAGUGUUGAGCCAACUUGUUUGCCACCAGGAGCCAGUGAUGAGCCUUGACUUUGACUCGGAGAAGACCAAGGGGAUCUCAGGCUCAUCUGAAAAGGUGCUUAGCAUCUGGAGCCUCAAUGAGCAACAGAACCUACAGGUUUACAAAACACACAAACUUGUCAAUGCUGGCAUAUCUGAUACCGCCAUCCGUCCAGACAAGAAGAUUUUAGCAACAGCAGGGUGGGAUCAUCGCAUCAGGAUCUUUGGCUGGAAAAAAAUGAAGCCCUUAGCAGUCUUGGACUACCACACAGCAACUGUCCAUUGUGUCUCCUUCUCAGAUCACAACCAGCCCAGUGAGAGACUGCUGGCAGCUGGCUCAAAAGAUCACCGCAUCAGUAUCUGGUCAAUAUAUACUCAGACAUGAUGCAUUCUGCACUGCCACGGACUAAGAAAACAGGAUUGGUGAAGCAAUUCUUUACACUGGAAUUAACACCUGGAUGUGGGAAUGCAGUAGAAUGUAUUUCCAGACUGAAGUGAGA